UGUGGAGGUGGCAGCGGCAGCAGCUCCGGCGGGCACACCGGCACGGCGGGCACACCCAGCCCUGCCCUGCCGCGUCCCAGCCCGGGCCACCAGCACCAGGGCCCCGCGGAACCAUCGGGACUGGAACGACCACCCCGCCCCGGAGGGUGUCCCUGGGGUGCCUCUGCCCCAGCCCUGUCCCGCCAGCGGGGCCGUGCCUGGCAGCGCGGGGCGCCGUGUCCCGGGCAUGACGGGCACCUGCCCGGCUCCCUGAGGGCGCCCGAGGCAGCGGCCGCCCCGCUCGGCCCCCAUGCCCUUCGCCCACGGCGCCGCCGGUGCCCCGCCGCGCCCGGCCGGCAUGGGCGCCGCGCCCGAGCCGUGCCCGCAGGCCCCGCUGGCCGUGCUGUCCAAGGUGGAGCUGCGGGUCAGCUGUAAACACCUCCUGGACCGUGACACCCUCAACAAGUCGGACCCCUGUGUCCUGCUGCUGAUGCAGACCCAGGGCCAGUGGAUGGAGGUGGAUCGCAGCGAGGUGAUCAAGAGCAACCUGAACCCCGUGUUCGCCAAGAUCUUCACAGUCGAUUACUACUUCGAGGAGGUGCAGAAGCUGCGGUUCGAGGUCUACGACAGCCACGGCCAGGCCGGCGUGGGCACGCACGAUGAUGAUUUCCUGGGAGGCAUGGAGUGCACCGUGGGGCAGAUCGUGGCGCAGAAACGGGUGACGAAGCCGCUGUUCCUCAAGUACGGGAAGUUUGCGGGCAAGUCCACGAUCACGAUCAUCUCGGAGGAGAUCUCGGGGAACAACGGCUACGUGGAGCUUGCCUUCCGCGCCAAGAAACUGGACGACAAGGACCUCUUCAGCAAGUCAGAUCCCUUCCUGGAGAUCUACCGCAUCGACGAUGACCGCAGUGAGCAGCUGGUGUACCGCACUGAGGUGGUGAAGAACAACCUGAGCCCCAUCUGGGAGCCCUUCAAAGUCUCCCUCAACUCGCUCUGCAGCUGUGAGGAGAAGAGGAAGCUGAGGUGUGUGGUGUGGGACUACGACUCGCGGGGCAAGCACGACUUCAUCGGGGAGUUCUUCACCACCUUCGAGGAGAUGCAGAAGGCGAUGGGGGAGAACAAGGUGCAGUGGGACUGCAUGAACCCCAAGUACAAGAUCAAAAAGCGCAACUACAAGAACUCGGGGGUCGUGGUGCUGCUGGACCUGAAGAUCCACAGGGUUUACUCCUUCCUGGAUUACAUCAUGGGCGGCUGCCAGAUCCAUUUCACGGUGGCCAUCGACUUCACGGCCUCCAACGGGGACCCCCGGAACAGCUGCUCCCUGCACUACAUCAACCCCUACCAGCCCAACGAGUACCUCAAGGCGCUGGUGGCUGUGGGUGAGAUCUGCCAGGACUACGACAGCGAUAAGAAAUUCUCGGCUCUGGGCUUUGGUGCCAGGAUCCCCCCCAAGUACGAGGUCUCCCACGACUUCGCCAUCAACUUCAACCCCGACAAUGAUGAGUGUGAGGGCAUCCAGGGCGUCGUGGAGUCCUACCAGAGCUGCCUGCCCAAAAUCCAGCUCUACGGCCCCACCAACGUGGCUCCCAUCAUCUCCAAGGUGGCUCGUGUGGCGGCCGACGAGGAGCGGACCAAGGAGGCGUCGCAAUACUUCAUCCUGCUGAUCCUGACGGACGGCGUGGUGACGGACAUGGCAGACACGCGGGAGGCCAUCGUCCGCGCCUCCUACCUGCCCAUGUCCAUCAUCAUCGUCGGCGUGGGCAACGCCGACUUCACGGACAUGCAGAUCCUGGACGGGGACGACGGCGUCCUGCGCUCCCCCAAGGGCGAGCCCGUCCUGCGCGACAUCGUCCAGUUCGUCCCGUUCCGCGAGUUCAAGAACGCGUCACCCACGGCCCUGGCCAAGUGCGUGCUGGCGGAGGUGCCCAAGCAGGUGGUGGAGUACUACAGCUACAAGGCUUUCCCCCCGCGCUGCCCCCGGCCCCCCACCCCCGAGCCCAGCCUCGGCUCCCCGCAGUGA